GAUCCUUCUCUCGCGCGUACCUCGUUACAUAAUAGAGUCUCAAACCAUCUCAAAUAACUGGUUACGAGUCUAGUUGGAAAUGCGAAUAAAUAUCCAGCAGUUCCACACCUGCCAACAGACCUUCUUCAAGUGCUGGCGAUAUCCAUGGGGUUUCACGCGGUGCUGGCAUUAGUUGUAGAUAUGCAUCCAUUUGGAGGCACAUCCACGCAACAAGAAUUUCAAAGAACGAUAUAAAACCCAGCCGUCUUCUUCCUAAUUACCUGAUCACAUACACACGAGUCACAAACAAUGCGUUUCUCCUCUGCAAUCGUCCUCGCUGUCAAUGUUGUUGCUUUAGCAUCAUCAAUCUCUGCCAUACCCACUACCGGUGACGCAGCUAGCGCAGACACAUGUUUCAGGGCUUGCACUUCUGCAUGGCAGGUCUUCUUGUUUUUCUGCGUAGUGAGUCGUAUUUUUGCUUUCACGUCGGCGGAGUAUGGAUAUUGACACUGGCGUGCGACUCGUUAAGCUCUUUGCAUAUUGGAAUUGGCGUGAAACUGACGGUGUAAUAUGACGGCCCAGAGGAGACAAUAAUAAAUUGAAUCGUGUUAUAUAAAAUAUCUACAUGAUAACUCAAAAGUUGUGUUAUUGGAACCUCGCCGCGGAAACGGCGUGGAACACUAAACGAAUCGAGCGAGAUAACAGGACGAAAUUAUGUAUUUUUGAGUCUUUGUAUGCGGGGUAGAUGAUGGUAGGUAAGAGACCCG